UUCCUCGAGAGAGGGCUAGAAAAAGGCCACUUUUCAGGUUUCUGUAUGAUACUGGAGCCAUCCUCGUACAUGACACGUCUUACCUCAUCGUGCUGUAUUUGGUUCAGUUAUUUAAAUAUAUUCUGUCUGAAAUGAUGGUUAGAAUCUAUAUUAUUUUAAUCUUCUAAAUUUAUCCGCCAUAAUGUAGUAUACUUUACUGUCAGCAUUUGACGUUGACAUAAAUCAAAUGUCACAACAGUUUACGUUGUCAACAGUCAGAGAGUUGUAAUUCCGAAGUUCGAAAGCUGAUUGUUUCAAAAUUCUUAACUCUAAGUCGGACCUAGUUACCUACUCUGGAUUUAUUGUUAUUGUUUUGUUUACAUUGGAUGGAUAGUGGAUACAUAAUAUUAUUAUUAACAAUAAAAACGUAUAAUAUUAUAGAAUGUAUAAUAUUUUAUUGAAAAUACUUUAAUUAUAAUCUGUGAAAACUGUAUCUAUUUAUAUCAUAAUUUCACGAAUUUUGUCACAAAUUAAUAUUUUUAGCUAAUUUUCAUAACUCCUCUUCAAACUUCACUUUCAGCAAAAAGGCAGUUGUAAUGCAUUCUAAUAUAUUUUAGUUAUGUCUAUUUAAUAUGAUUUAAUUAUUGGUAUACCAUAAUGAGUUUACAUGACAGGCUCAAACCAUUUCUUAAGAUAUUGAAAAUAGCAUCUUUGUGGGGAAGUGGAGCCCUUAUUAUAGCGUUUCACAUUAAGAAGACACGUAAUACGAUAUAUAAAGUUGUAAAUCCAAGAGUAUUAGAUGCUGAGAAUAAGUUUAGUCCAGAAUACAUAUACAUUGAUGAUCCUUCAUAUGAUGCUGCUAUGAAAGCAGAGCAUGAUACAGAAAACAGACAAUCAGUUGGGUUAUCUAGAAUAUGGAAAAGCCUUAAAUAUUCUCUAGCAUGGAAACUCUUAUGGCUGUGUCGUAAUGGAACUAAAGAGCAGAGAAAUUUAGCAUUAGAACAAUUGGCCGCUUUUAAAAAUAACAAAUGUUGGGACUGUCAUAAACUUGCUCAAGCCCUUGAUAAAGAUACCGCUGUCCUCUUAGCCCGUACCUAUGGGGCUGAUUUGAGGUAUUUUCUACCCCCUCCAAUUCAUAUUCGUUGCUCAGCACUUAAACCUCAACUUGUGUCUUUUAAACUUAAAGAAUGUCUAGUAGCAAUACAGAACAUUAAACCCCACAGCUGCAUACGGGCUUUUCUUGAUAAAUACUUUGUCAAUGUCCAAGAGCAGGCUAUGGAAAUUGAUUUACCAAGCAAACCUGACAGUAUUAGUGAAAAGGAAUUAAUAAUUUUAUGUCUUGAUGCAAUACAUCACCAUCUAUUACUUUUCUAUAAUAAAAAUUAUGAUGAAGAUUUAUCUAGUAAGGCUUUGAUUGAAAAAGAGAUUUUGGCAAUUUUAGCUGAAUUACUCUUGAGAUACCAGCAAGAUUCUGAUAUUGACAUGGCUAUAUUAAAAGUAUUGACAGUUUUGAGCAUUCAUAAGAAUCUUUUGAAUGAUUUUUUUCAACAUGGUCUUAUCAAAGACUUGUCAAGGUUACUUAGGUCGAAUGAGAUCCGACUGGCCAGUUCUGCAGCUGUCACUCUUGCAAAUCUUUCUGGUGAAUACUUCUACAGGCCUGGAUUGUACCUUUUAUAUCCACUUUAUAGAUCUACCACAACUCACACAUGUGAUACUUUGCUGGUGCACGGCUUGCGCGGAGGUGUAUUUGUUACUUGGAGACAAAGGGAUAAGAAAUGUACCCAGCCUCUUGGACUUUUAGAUGUUACAGUUUCUGAUGUCGAUUGUGAUCCAUGUGAGUCAAAGAAAGAAGAACCAACUUAUUAUGAUCCAGAAUUACAGCAAGUCAUGGAUGAUAUAAUGGAAAUGGAAGAAGAAGCUAUGCUCUCAAAUUUUGAGGUUGUUUUGCAUGAUCUUCCAAUAGACGCAAAAAGAGACAGUUUGAUUACUUACUCUUUGACAGCAGACAAAAAGAGAUUGGCAUUAAUACAAGAGGAAGAAGAUAGGUGUAACCAUACACUUUGCUGGCCUAGAGAUUGGUUACCUCAGGAUUGUGAUAAUUUGAGAAUACUUGGAGUAAAUUACUGGAGCACACUUUCAGAUUGGUUGGAACGGUGUCCAUUACAAAAUGCUGAUAUAGCCACAAGAGCUACAGAACUAUUGCCGGCUUUGAUUGAUGCUGAUGUUGGAAAAACCAAUGUUGUAUGGUUAGCACAUUCAAUGGGUGGAUUAAUUGUUAAACAAUUGCUUGUAAAAGCAUCUCAAAGUGAUAAUAAUUUGGAGAAAAGUCUGUGUUUUAACACAAAGGCCUUGUUUUUCUACAGUACACCACACAAAGGAAGCGCCCUUGCUGCAAUGCCAAGAGCUGCUGCAGCUGUAUUUUGGCCAUCUCAUGAUGUUAGGCAAUUACAGGAGAACUCACCAACUUUGCUUGAUAUACAUAAUUCAUUCAUCAAAUAUGCAGACAGUUAUGGUUGGGAAACUAUAAGUUUUGCAGAAACAUUACCUACUUUAGUUACAGCUUUUAAAGUGCCUAUUCACUUUGUUGAGCCUAAUUCAGCAGAUCUUGGUCGAGGAGUGUUUUACCAAUUACCAUUGGAUCACUUAUCUAUAUGCAAGCCGGCUACAAGACAGUCUGUAUUGUACACUUCUGUCUUGGAUGUACUUCAAAGGCUGACAGUUCGAGAAGCCGAAUUUAAUAAUGCAGGCCACUAUUUGACUCGAGUUGCAGACUAUAUUUGGUACUUGUUUAGAAAUAGAACUAAGCAAGUGAUAGAAAUAAUUGAUGAGGCUCAAAAUAUUGAACGACUACAUUGGUUUGAAAAGAUAUUGUUAAAAACAUUUACAGAUGAUUUUAGUGAUUAAUAAAACUUGACUCUUUGUAAGCAAAUUAUGAAACAAUGACUAGUCCUUAUUCAUCUCAAUAAACAAGCUUAUUUAUUAUGA